AUGGUGAACGGCCAGCAAGUCUCCACCGGGGGAGACCCCGUCGACCUCUUCAGGUUGGCGUCGUGGUGCCGUUCUGGUCCAGAAUGGGACAGGAUGGUGUCGGAGAUAGAGUGGGAGGACGAACCCACCCACCUGAACACCAUGAACAGCUCCGGGGGUUUCAAUGUCGUGUCCGUGGACAAGCUUUCUGUGUCGUACCCGGGCACCCGGUCUCACGGGCACGACGUCGGGGCCGUGCAGGCCAAUUGCGCCGCGCCCACUCGAAGGUUGAUGUACUAUUUUGAGAUGACAGUGAAGAAUGCCGGGCAGAAGGGCAGGGUCGCCAUUGGUUUCACGCCACCAGGGGUGAAGAUGUGUCGGCAACCAGGGUGAGCAUAGAACGAAGAAAUCAUCUCGCCCUUGUCAUCUAUGAUUCUAAAUGUCGUCUCAUGAACGUAGUCAGGGAAUUGUUUUAUUUUUGGUCAUCCGUUAAUGGAAAACCGUUAUGGAUCGUUGUUCAAGAAAGUCUAAUUACCAAAUUCUUUUAUGGAGAUGACUUAUAAUCAACCAAGUGUAAUGAUGAAGUGGGUCAGUGUCAAUCUUCUGGGCACACUUUAAUAUCAUUUGAGAGGAUAUUAUUAAGGGCGAUUUCUAUGGAACCUCUAGAAGUUUUCAUUCCUACUAGUUUAAGACACUCCCAACAUUUCUGUAAUUAGUAACUGAUCAAAAGAUAGUGUACGUGCGGAUAUUGAUCAUAGAGUAAGGUCUCCAUCUCGUAAAUUGUGGUCAGCAGAUUAAACCAUCAUGGAUUCUUUUCUGGAGAUCAUCAGUUUCGGAUGGAACUAUUUCUAUUUUUAUUACUCAUGCUUUUAACCCAUGACUCCAAGUGUAGCAUAAGUAAGGAGUAUAUCUUCUUUCUACUGCUGUGUUCAGUGAGCAGUUAGAAAUGUCUGGUAGUUUCCUCCCGAGAUGAAGAUUGCUUGUAGUGCCAGAGAUGAUUGGUCUUUAUAUGUCACCUCCUUUGUAUAAUUUGGCGUUGAUAUCUGCUGGGUAAAUAGAAUGUGAUGCUGACAUGCUCUAUUUUUUGUCAAUAUGUUGGUUUAUCUCGAGUCACCAUGCUUUCUUUGCAGCUGGGAGGAAAACAGCUGUGGAUACCAUGGGGAUGAUGGGAUGAUUUACCGUGGACAAGGAAAAGGAGAAAGUUUUGGUCCCACGUUUACAUCUGGUGAUACGGUUGGUGCUGGCAUUAAUUAUGCUUCUCAAGAAUUCUUUUUCACGUAAGUCAAUUGAUGCACUGUAUUAUAAAUUUGACGGUUUAUAGUUUGUUUUUUGAUGUUGGUCAGUGACCUUCAUCAUAAUAUAUAGUCUGAAAUUUAAUUUGUUUAAUUUCCAGAAGGUCUCGCCAUAGUAGUAUUUUACGUCCCUAAAAUUCUUGUAAAUUACUAAGUCAAAUUCAAUUCCACAUAGCGAUAAGUGGUUUACUUAGCCAUGUGGUGCAGUUGGCCACAAUGUUCACAGGAAAAGGUGACUUGUUAACCGGUCCUAGUGGUUAGUGGAUGACAUUUUCCUCAUAAAUAAUAUUCUCCAUCUCUAGGAAUUAUUAAUGUUUUUCAAUCUUCUUACGUUUUUCAUGUAUGUAGUGAUGAGACUCCAUUUUACGCUUUUGUGCAGCAAAAACGGAAAACUGGUUGGGACGGUCAAUAAGCAUGUAAAAGGUCCUUUGUUUCCUACAAUUGCUGUUCACAGUCAAAAUGAGGAGUAUGUACUAUCUCUCUUUGUAAAACCUUAUCGAUUUUCAAUCUGCGUAAGGGAGAUACUGACAUUUUCUGGACAUUAUUUUAUGCAAAUGCUGCUUUCGCAGGAGAACACACUGACUUUUUGUGGUUAUAAAACUGAAUACGCAAUGAAACUGUGUUAUACUACUUGCGUUAUGAAACUAUUUAUAAACAUGAAUAACAUCUGUACUUUAGUCUGUAUUUUAGUUUUAACUUUUGUCUACUAUUGUAUCCCGGAUUCUGAUUUUAGUGUUCCAUCACGAGCGAAAAACAAAAAAAAGCACGCCUUCAGUCUGUGUUUGAUAUUGAGAUGCAUUUUUAUUUCUCUGUAUUUGGUUAGAAUGAGCCAUUAUGUUGUUGUCUCGGUCCAGGGAGAAGCAGUGUUCAGUAAACAAUCUAGAUGCAGGCAACAGAUUCAGUUUCAUUAUUGAAGUUCAUUAAUGCUCUAUUUAAUGACGUGUGAUUUCUCCUAUCACCAGACAAAUGGGAAUGAUGCCAUUACAGUUUUAUGAAAUAUACCACAAUUCUGUAAUAUGUCAAUAAAGCUUCUGUAAAGAAAUGAGGCAGUCAGCCAAACUAUGAUGGAUCUGAAUGCUAGAUUAUCUGAUGGAGUCUACAGUGCCAAACGAAUAUUUAGAAAAAGAGGGUUCGUCUGGUCUCUUGUUGAGGAUCACGAAGGGAAGAUAUCAACUUUUAUGGUGAAGAAGGUAAGAGGGCUGUUCAGGAGUGAGACCGAAGAUGCAGAAACAAGGGUAAGUGGAUGAAUCCUUGGAACACAGCUAAAUUGGUGACCCAGCGAAUUGGAGAUGGAAGUGUCAAGAUGAUGUUGGAAACUGUGACUGCAUGGCAGAGACAAGAAAGCAUUUGCUUAUGACAUCAGACUUGCUGUGGAGAAUGCCUCUAAUUCUGUCUAAUUUAGAGUGACUGUACAGUUAAAGAACAAAAUGGGGUGUGAUACCUUCUAUGGUAGUCUGUGAAUUAUAUACUAAAAAAGUAAUAUAAGAGGUUCACAGGUUUUCUUUCGAUCACAUGUUGCGGAGCUUGAUGAUAUUUUCAAUUAAUUGUUCAUUAUUUAUGUUUCUAAUGUUUAUAUUGUCAAUCUGAAAGUCGAUGGUUCCUCUUCAGGUUGACUGUAAACUUUGGAAAGCAUCCAUUUCUUUUUAACUUUGAGGUACGUGAUAUCUUUCAUGGCCCAACCAGUUUCCCUGAUGCUUCUAACAUGUUUCACUGUUAAGCAAGAAAAGUGUCGUUUCCUGUUUUCCUUAUGUCUAUGUUUUUCCUGUGCUUUGUACAGAAUGAUUUAACUUGGAUAUUUAUAAUUUUUAGUCAGAACUGUUUGUUAAUACUCUUCUUCUCCCUAAUUAUUAUUUAUUAAAUGCACUUUAUACUCGACCGUUAUUUAUUUUUCUGGCUCACUUUCGGUAUUGUCUCAUUACCCCCUUUCAUUUAAUUGUUAGAUAUUAAUUGAUUAAUUGGAAGCUUUUGAUUGGAUUUUAGGAGCAUAGAUAAAUGCUUUCAUCAGAUUAUUAUUAUGAGACAUUGGCCUGACGUUUACUUGGUUGGUAGGUUGAUGCCCUUGCCAUAAAGGAAGGCUGGCCAGUAUCGUUUUCUCACGAACUUCUAAAACCCCGACAUAGAUAAUCGUUAUUUAUACUAUAUGCAAAUGUAUUUCCCUCUCAUAUUAAAGCUUUUGUCUUUCGGAAUAUCUCCGUAAUCACAUCAUUGAUACAUACAUACAUAUAUAUCUAUAUAUAUAUAAAUUAAAUUAAAAAUUUUAAGUUAUAUAUAUAUAUGUAUGUGUCAUCAGUUAACACCAUUACACACUCUGAAUCGGCGAUUCAAGGGACACAACAUUUCGAAGGUGCUAACAAACAAAAUCCAUGAUGUUCAUAAAUUUCCGGUUUAACUUUAAAUGGAAUGGACAAUCCCAAAUUGGGACUUGUAUGACUGUAUCAGAUUGGGUUCAUCCAAAGAGAAAAAUAUAAGAUAAGCCAUGGUGGAAUUUUUUCGGAAUUGACCAUGGCUCUAUUCAUCUGUUUGUACGGGUUAUGCUAUUAUCCAUUAAUUUCCUUUGAUUCUGGCCAAGUCGUUGUGGUUCUAAUGUCUCCCUCCUACAAUACGAACUGCUAGGGCAUAACUAAAGAAGAAAUGGUGGAUCCCACCCAUACUGGACUCCUUUUGAUUUAUGCAAAUAGAAAUGUCCUAUGACUCUGCAAUGGAUUCCCUGGUUCAUGCUGAAAUGUGCUUUCCGUUUGUAUGAUUCCAUUGGCAUAGUUUGCCUCGUCAUGUUUAUGAUUUGCACAUUUUAUCCGAUGCUAACCUUGGAUUCAUAGAUAUGCAAAUUUAAUUUUUUCUGUUCUCUGUUGUCAGGCUUAUGUGCUGGAAGAAAGGACAAAGCAUCAGACCACAAUUGAAAAAUCAACCCUACCAGUUAAUGUCAGCCACUGGUAUGCAUGCAAUUUUGCAAUUUUUUGAUAAGGUUUUUCUUAUUUGUGUUGCCUUGAAGCUUUAUUUGUCUCAUAAUUUGUAUAGUUUCAUUUAGAAUCAGACAUACCUCCUUCAAGAAAUAUUUUUCUUCUUUUUUUGCUUCGGUUCUUCAGCAUAAAUGUCUUGGUCACGUGUAUGAUCAGGCUUAGGGUCCACACGGUGAGAGGGGAUUCUAUUCUCUCAAUUUAAUUGACGUGUAGAAUCUAGAGGGAAGGGCUGAGUGAAGUGUGGCGUGUGUAAAGCCCAUUAGGGAAGAAUUCUACAUGUCAUGAAGUGGAUUUGGGUGCCACUAUAACUAAUGAUUGAACGAGCCUCUUUGAAAGAAAAGAGGAUAAAAUAAUAUGGUAACGAAAUGCAAAGGGGGGGUUUAGAGUUUAGUUCAUUUACUUGAAUACAUGGAUAUGGUGGUUAUAGAGAUGUCGGUGACGGGAAAGCCAUACAUCAAUGUGGCUUUCAUGGGGGAACUAUUUGGUAACUUCUACAGGGAGUGCAGGGUUACUAAUGUGAUGUGGAGAAUCGUAGUUAAUUGAAUUCAGAUUCAGGUUCAGAUUCGCAUUCAUACAAGCAUCAGUUAUCUGCUAAAAAUCUUGUUUAACGUUUUUCCGCUGCCCUUUGUUCUUGAUAGCUUGUACGUCUAAUGAGCUGUGCUAAGAUCCUAAUAGAGUGAGAGCAACGAGAUAAUAUUUCAGCAGGAGUUCAAAGAUUUAUAAGAUAUACUAGUUGCCAUGCCUGUGUUUGAUUGGUGAAAAAGUGCAUAGAUGGGAAUAUUCUUCAUUCUAUCUUACUGGUGGCGAUUGAGAAGAGAAAAAACGUUCAGUUAUUUUUGUUUCUCGGCUCAUCUGGUACCUUUUUUUAUAGUUGUUUUGUGAUGGAUGGUUAUUUCCAUCCAAAAAAAAAAAAGAAACCAGAACAUCUGUCUUGUUGAGGCGGUGAGAAUCCCAGUCAGUCAGAGGAAGAGACUUUCAAAGUGAAAACCUCAGGCUGCACUGUGGUCUUUUCGCGAUAUAAAAUGAAACUUGCAUAGCUUUGCAUUUUAUAUCAGGAAUUGAUUAUAAACGAGUUCUGUCUUUAGUAUCUUCCGUUCUUAGAUCAUUUUCAUAUGUCUUGCUCUUAACCAAUUAAUGCCCCCCCCCUCUCUCUCUCUCUCUCUCUCUCAUUUUUAUUUUAUGAGGUUUUAUGUUGCACAGAACUUUGAGAUCGAAAUAUCUGCCUAUUUGCCAGGAUAGUCCGUUCUUAUUUGCUGCAUUAUGGUUACGAAGACACACUGAAUUCAUUUGAUAUAGCAAGUAAAAAUUCGUUGCAACCUGCUCCGGUGGCACAAGAGAAUUCUAUUGAGCACUGUGAAGCUUAUGCACUAAAUCGUAGAAAGAUUCUUCGUCAGGUAGUAAGAUAUCAAUUUUUUUACCUGUUCUGUUUUAUCCAUAUUGGUAAAUUUUUGAUGCUCAAUUUCAAGGUAGCGAUAUUUUCAGUUGGCGAUGCUAGUUCAAUUUUUGAGGCAUCUGUCGGCAAAUUUUUCAUCCAUAACUGGGCUUUCAACUUUGCUGAAAUCAUUCAUGUCGUUAUAGUCGUGUUUUGCGAAUCAAUGUGAAAAUACUUUAAAAAUCUCAAAGGUCUUGCAAUCAAUGAAAUCAGAAGUCGACUUUAACCCCACAUAUGAUAAAAAUGGGGAAGAGAAAAAGCUUUUUCUGCUUUCACGAGCACCCUUCGUAUUAUUUGUAGAAGAAUGUAUAUGGCCUUAUCGUUCUAUUGUGCGGAAAGUAGAAAUAAAUCAUCACCAUUUACUAAUUUCGCCAAAAUUAACGUCAGAGAGUUUAAGGUGCUACAGUAAUCAACUAUAUAUAUAUAUAUAUAUAUAUUCUAUGAGGACGCCUUAUUUAUUGAAGAAAAAUCCCUUAAAGGAAAUCAAUUGCGAAAUGAGGUUAGUAGUUCUUUGUAUUUCUUUUUUAUUACUGCUCUCUCUGGAAAGAUAUCUUGGUCUACCAGAGAUGAAUGGAAGCCUUUAGGCAAAAUUUAAAUUCUUUGAUAUAAAUAUCAAGUUGAAUGAAGAGAUGACCUAAAGAUAUAAUUCAAGGAUACCAAAACGUUGAGUUCUUAUGAGCGAAGACACUAUUAUUUGCCGAUUACCACUGCCUUUGAAAGUCUUAUAUCCUUGUUAUCCCAUUUGUUCUUUUAGGGUUAAGCCAGAUCAAAUUGGCUCACACCCAAUUGUUGGACUAUUUUAUGACUAUCCUCUCGUGAAACCCUGGUUAAUGGGCAGUGUUUGUCAAGCCAAGGUCGUGUAAAGAAUGCUUAUAAAUAGAUCCAUCUUUUGUACUGCAUAUCAAAACUGUGUUUGACCAAUAUUACCAACGGUGCUCCUGAAGAAACACUAUCGGUGAUCAUUACCGUGAGGGACUCUUCUUUAAACCUGAGGUCCACCCAAUCCUAUGAGUGCAAAAAAAAUAUUUGGUUCGUUGUCAACCUAAUGCUAAUACCACCAUCGCAUUAUUGUACACGGGAAGCAUGCAUUUCAUGAAAAUGUUAUAUCUCCGGUUGUCUCAUUGGCAGUAUAUAUGUAUCUACAUUUAUGUUUAUGUGGUACUGUCAUCCAUCGUAAUACAAUAUUUAUUAUCUUGUUUUCUUGGUUUGUUUUCCUCAGAUUGCGUCACAGUUUGCCUUUACGUUGUCUGACUACGCUAGAGAGAGUGAGAUUGAGAGUUGAAAAUGUUAGAUCACAUUUCAUUAAUUGCGAUCUCUGCGAGUUUGUUAAGGUUCUACUCUCCAACCCUCAAGAAAUGCCCUAUCUGAAAAGCCCUAAUUAACACUUGUUGAGACCAAAAACGACUUAGCAAGUCAGAUGGGUUGCCAAUCAUUGGGAAUCCUAGUGGACGUGCAAACUAAGAGAAGUCUCAUCGUAAAUAGUAAUAAUGCUGGAUAUCUCUCUCCAGUUUUGUAGUUAGUUUCAUUGAUGCUAUUCUACUCUCCCUCAGAAUCAGAUCAUUUGGCACAAAUUCGGAAAGAAUGGCAAAAUUCCUGGCUGCACUCCGAAUCAUGAUGGCAAAAUUCAACCAGAACAGGGGAUAAAACCUGAUCUGUGCAAGGCUCUUAUGUGAAAUAUGGAUCAUGCGCCGUUGGGUAGAAUUCAGACUUGAAGAACCACAGAAGUGUGCUUUAACAUCUCUUUCGAAAAUAGUUGGUCAUAAUCGUUAUCAAAUCCAUAGGUGGACCUUGGUUUGUAUUUUCUAAUGAGCUACUUAUUUGGCAUAGAUCAUGUGCUAGCAUUUAUCUCAAUGAUUAAGGGGUUAAUGCAAAAAGUGACUGAGAUCUCAUUCCCUGAGCUUUUCUCUACUACUGGCAUUGAAUGUGCAUGGCAGCUUUCGGUUACAUUUAUUUCCGCAUUGUGUAGUAUUCCAGACAGACAAGCAGAUCUCUUUGCCAGCCGAUGUAAACAGUGUCUGAGCUAUGUCAUUAUCAGAAAUAAAUUUCGUGUUAUUCUACUGACGUCAUAAUUAACAGCUAAAAGUAGCGGUUAUAUCGCCUAUCUUCUGUGAUCUUGUCCUAUGUAGGAAUCUGUCUCGGAUAAAAAAAUGAAGGCGGUAAUCAACAUUAAAUCGGUGUUGAUUUUACUUUGAAACUGCUUUUGUACAAUCUUCGUUUUUUUUUUUUUUGUAUGUUUUAUUCAGCAACUAAUCAUAUUCGUCUGUAGUGGUUUUUUAAUAUUAGCACAUUCUUUUCCGAUAACUAUUGCUUUGUCUCUUUUAAGAUCUUUCUAAGACUAUGUUUUCUUUAAUUCCAGUUGAUUAGGAAUGGAGAAAUUGAUUCCGCCUUCAGUAAACUUCAGGGAUGGUACCCCCAGACUGUACAGGUAAACUUUACAUGCUGUAGGGUUCCUCCGUCUUUUCUUUCUAUUAAAGAAACUAGAUUUUUUUUUUUUUUAGCAGGAUGCAAUGCCAAUAAUAAGAAGUCCCAGACUCUGAGUUUAUCUGGGGGGAAAAUCCCCAUGGAAAGUAGGCGCAUUUCCUGGAUUCAUAUAGAUGUUUUUGGCUAUUUUUAAAAAAUAAAUAAUUUUUUUUUUUGGAUCCCCAUCAUUCGUAACUAGAGGCAUCAAUCAUGUUCUACCAUCGCAUGCUGAUAGAAAGCUCAGUUGCUUAAAAUCUGACAGAAUGAGACCGGGCAUUGUUUUUUUUUACUGGGCAAGAAGCGGUGUGGGAGUGCCUGUUCUUUUUAUUUUAUUUUAUUUUACCAUGUGUUUUAAUUGACUGAUUUUACAUUUGCGGCCUCUAUUUUUGUAUGAUUUCAAGUCUGAUUAAAUACGGGCAUGUUAACCUGUCUGCAGAAUGAGACAUCGACACUUUGCUUCUUGCUUCGUGCGCAGAAGUUUAUUGAACACAUCAGGGUCAGUACCUGUUAUUUUUUUUCCCUGCAUACUAAGUGGGUGAUUAUUUUGGCCUUCGCUAGAAGCUGCCGAGUAGCUGCUUAUAAUAGAAAAAAGAUCAUAUUUUUACUGCAUGGUAGUCCAGUUACUGGUAAGGAAUCCCCAAGAACAUCGUUCCCAAAUAUUCAGUAGUUUUUUCAGGAAGGUGGCUGUGGUACAUGAUCACUCACAACUUCAUCAUGAUUUAUAUCAUGACAAGUUCAGGAAGUUGAUCCUGAUAUGCUUAUGCCGUAGACACUAGGAUUUCGAUGAUCAUUCCUUCUCUAGUCAGGCUAAUGCCUUCUUUUCCACCGGCGCUUUAGCAUCGAAGAGGUCGAUCAGUCCCUGUUCCGGAUCUGCCUGUUCUUGAUUUAAAUCGUUUGUACUUUGCCUUCGUCAUUCUCGAGUUUAUCUGGCUGGUGCUCAGGUGGGUGAAUUGGAGGCUGCGGUGAAAUACGCCCGCGCCCAACUGGCCAAGUUCUUCUCCGUCAAGCUUCUGGAAAAUCUUCUCCAGGUUCCGUCCUCCACCUCUCUUUCUUCUCAGCAUAUCCCCCACGCUUUACUCUACUUUUCGAUUCUUCGGAGGCAGAGGGCCCUGAGCUUGGUUUUCUGCGGCAGAACUGCAUCGCGCUGCUGGCGUACGAUCAGCCCGCGGAGUCGUGCGUCGGGUACCUUCUGGACGCGAACCAGCGGGAGCUCGUGGCGGACGCCGUCAACGCCGCGGUCCUGUCGACGGAUCCCGCCGCCAAGGAUCGGCAGGGCGGCGUGUCCUCCCACCUGGAGAGGCUGUUGCGGCAGCUCACGGCGUGCAGCGUGGAGAGGCGAUCGCUGACCAGCGACCAGGGGGAGACCUUCCAUCUCCACCAGGCCCUGCGUGCCGCCGGCAAGAGGCCCAUGCUCGGCUGA